AUGGAAACGAUGACAGAGGACCAGCCCGCGUCCAACGGUACCUUGAAGAUCUGCGCCCUGCCCACCGAGAUUGUUGAGUCGAUAGUCGGAUUUCUCAGCUCUGUUGAUGUGUGUCGCCUGAGGUCCAGCUGUCGCGCUUUCUACGGGAAGACGUUGUAUAAGUUUGGGAAAACCUGCCUAAGCACUGUUAAUACAGACCUGUCAUGUCGCAGCUUACAGCGUUUGUGGGAGCUUUCGCAAAACUCAGCUUUUCAUCACUAUGUUCGCGGAUUGAGAAUUUCUGCUGCGCCUGGCAGAAUGCUAGGUGAUGGCUUUUCUUGGAAUAGAGCUCCUGGAGGUGCUCUAGCUCCUCCCCAUCUUCAACUAGGUGCCCAAACCUUGCGUAACGCUCUUCAUGACCUGCCGAACUGUACUAGGUUCACUAUCUGCCUCGAGCAUCCGCAUCCCGAUAACUUCGACAUGUACCGCGGCAACCACCUAUGUUCGACUGAUGCAAUCGCCCUUAUCCUUGACUGCGUCGCCAACACAGGCCUCCUGGUGACUUCGUUCAACGUCGUUAAUAAGGCCUUUAGAUCACGGGGGACCUUUGAGAUGGAAAGCCCUCGUCUUUUCUUCCCCGACCUCUUUAGGCAGAAUUUCUUAGACGGCUGGGCUAAUGUGCGGGUACUUCGGCUUCAUCAUAGUAUGAAGGGUGAAGAUGUCAUCAACUGGGCCACCAAGAUCGUUAAAUCCUCUCGUGACCUGAAAAAGUUGGAUAUCAGGUUUGGGCUUGACAACGAAGCCGGAAAUACUAUACGUGCGCUUGCGGAGAGUGAAACCUUGCCUCCGAUUCGCGAUCUUUGUUUCUCUAGUUCUUCACGUCUUGGGGGUGCGGAUCUUCUCGCUUUGCUUCGCCGCUUUCGCGAUUCUCUUCAUACUCUCUGUCUUCAUGUAGACAUCCAGAGUGUCGAAUGGAGAGAAAUCAUCACAGCCCUAAAAGAUGAAUUCCCGGGACUUUGCCAUGUGAACUUUUACCGACAUGGAUGCUACUUUCUCCCAAGUGUUCCUAUCAUUUCCCAUCUUGAAACCAGCCCAUUCGUUUACCGUGUCGAUCAGAGAGGCCUGCCCGUCAACUCUUCAUUUCCCAGCAUGUUGGCUGCUUUGGAAGCUCUCUUGAACAACCCCGAGUAUUUCUUCUACGGAGCGCUAUGGUGA